AUGCGCGUUGCUCUCGCGACGCGUUCCUCUCUCCCAACCGCCCUACCACAACCAAGCGCAGUCAUGGACUACGCAACGCUCCACGGGCCAGGAAUCUCAAACUUUGAUUCUUUUCCUUCACAACAUCGGUUGCCGACGGUCUCGGCGGCGCAAGCGUUGCAAGAUCUCAGGUCCUCGGAUAGGAGAUGCAUAGAGACGGGUUUGAGGGCGUUAGAUGAGGCGAUGGGGAAUGGAGAGGCGGGGGAGAGAGGGGGAGUACCGAGGGGGAAGGUUACGGAGAUUUGGGGACCGAGUGGGGUGGGGAAGACGGGGUUGGGGAUGCAAUUAGCUGCGAGUGCGUUGCUUGCUGGUGAGGGCGUUGUGUGGGCUAGUCUGGCCGGCAUAAGGAGAGGGGACUUCGUAGAGUCCAUGCAUGAAUCGUUGUUGGUACUGACAGUCUCAGAUGCAUCACACCCCCUAUCCGGACCUCGUCUCUCCCAAAUCCUCACUUCAUUUAAACCAAGCACACCACCCUCGAGCUCCAUCUCUUCAAGUCCACCGCAACCACCAGCUCUAUCCGAUCUUCUCGACAAUCUCACUCAUUUCUCUACACCUACCCUCGCCCACCUCAUCGCUCUUCUGUCCCAUCAUACUCCAAACCAUCCAGCCCAUAACACCAGCUUGAUAAUCAUUGAUUCUUUAUCGACACUCAUCAGCAAUGCAUUUCCAAGGACCGUAGAUUCUCCAGCCACGCCACGGAAACCAGGCGCGCCCAACCCCUCGUCCCGCAAAUUCCCCAUCCUGCAGCACCUGAUAAACUCGCUGCAGAAAUUGGCGGCCACCCGCAACAUCGCCAUUGUCAUACUCUCGCAAUGCGUGACGAAGAUGCGGCCUGGCGCAGGACCCGUCCUGGUCCCGGCCAUCAACACGACGGCUUGGGAGCAGGGCCUCGGAUGCCGCGUAGCGCUGUUUCGAGAUUGGGGCUGGAAUGAUGAGGAGGGGAAGCCGGUCGAGGUGAGGCUGGCAGAGGUUGUUAAGGUGGAGGGGGUGGCUGUGGGCGGGAGGAGGGCAAGGUUGGUUGGGUUUAGUAUUGAUGAGACCGGACUCCGACCCCUAACGCUUCCCACCCCAGCACCCCAAGAUCCGCCGCGUGCACAGGUCCCGCAAGAAGCACAGACAGCGAACUCCUCGCCCCAUAUCCCGCAGAAACGCAAGCUGUCAGCCACAGGUCUCGAGAUCCCGGAUAGCGAUGGCGAGGACGACGAGGAUUACGGGUGGGCGGACGAGGACGAGGAGGAUAUACCCGCCAUGCCACCGCAGUGGCAGGGCAGUGAGGAUAUCCUGGUUCCUGGCGAGGGGGAGUUAGAGGAAGAAGAAGAAGAGGAGGAGGAGGAGGAGGAGGAGGAAGAGGAUCAGGAGGGUGAGGAUGGACUUGCUACCAACGUUAUCCCUAAUGUGGAUGGGGGGGCAGGGACUAGAUUGGGAGUCGAAAUCGACGAUAGCGAGGAUGAACUCGCACUCUGA